GUAGACUUAGAGAAACGUUCACAAGUCUUGAUGUGGAUUUCCCUUUAUGUGUUGUGGAUGUUUGGAGAGCAGCUGUCAGACUAUCCGUUCAUCUCACGCCUCCUGAAAAACUAUAUAUAUUAGAUGUGAGUCUUUAUGCUGUAAGACGCUCUGCUGAAGGACAAACUGUCACUUCAUCACAUGAUCCUCAGAAACCAGAAUAAAAGCAACUAUUAGGUCUUGUGUGAGUUUAAAAACAAGUCUUGAACCGGCUUCAGACGGAUGUAACUUUAUCCAACUGGGAUUUUUCCAGCGAGACCUUGCAGAUUUUUCAUCUAGUUCUCAAAUUCUGUUACUGGUUGUUCGUCGGAUCUGCUGCGAUGAGUCCUCAUGCCUGGAUCUUCUGCGCUCUUCUCUGCGUCCUCACCUGUGAACGGAGCAGAAGCGUGUCCAGAGGGCCCGUCCAGAGCCGAAAGAGGAGGCUUGCAGAUGACACAGACGAUGGGGCCCCGAAAAAGUGCUCUUACACGUUCUUGGUCCCAGAGCAGAAGAUCACAGGGCCGAUCUGUGCCAGCCAGGGCCCGUCUCUGCCCGAUAAAGAGCGCGUGACGCAGUCGGAUGUAGCUGACGUCCGUGAGAUCUUAACCAAGCAGAGACGUGAAAUGGACACGCUCCGGUUGAUCGUGGACGUGGAUGGAAACAUGGUCAAUGAAAUGAAACUUUUGCGUAAAGAGUCGCGCAACAUGAACUCCCGCGUCACCCAGCUGUACAUGCAGCUGCUGCACGAAAUCAUCCGCAAGCGGGACAAUUCUCUGGAGCUGGCGCAGCUGGAGGGACGGAUCCUGAACAGCACGGCUGAGGCGCUGCGGCUGUCCGGCCUCUACCGCGAGCUGGAGCUGCGCUUCUCCGCGCUGGCCGCGCUGGUCAACAACCAGUCGCUGCUGAUCGCCGCUCUGGAGGACCGAUGCCUGCAGGUGUACGGGAAUCACAGACGGGAGCCGCUGCCUCCGCCUCUUGUGCAGGUGGUGCCGGAGAACAUCCCUGUGUACGUGCCACGCUUCUCCAAUGAGAUCCAGAGGAGCCCCGGCUGGCCCGUUCCAGAGGACAGGAGUCCCAGGCCAACUCAUCAGGCCAACGUCAGUCUGGAGGGUCCCUUCCGGGACUGUUUACAGGUGAUGCAGGCUGGACACAGCACCAGCGGGACGUAUCUGCUGAAGCCGGACGGGACGGAGAAGCCUGUAGAGGCCUGGUGUGAGCACGACGUGGACAGAGGCGGCUGGACGCUUAUCCAAAGGAGGAAGGACGGAUCGGUCAACUUCUUCAGAAACUGGGACAGCUAUAAGAAAGGCUUUGGCAGCGUGGAUGGCGAACAUUGGCUGGGUCUGGAAAACAUCUACAACCUGGGCAAGCAGGAGGACUACAAGCUGCUGGUGGAGCUGGAGGACUGGAUGGGUAAAAAGGUUUACGCGGCGUACAGCAGCUUCCACCUGGAGCCAGAGAGUCAGUCGUACCGUCUGCGUCUGGGCACGUACCAGGGCAACGCUGGCGACUCUUUAACCAGCCACAACGGCAAACAGUUCACUACGCUGGACCACGACAACGAUGCCUUCUCAGGGAACUGUGCUAAUUUCCACAAGGGCGGCUGGUGGUACAACGCCUGCGGUCAGACCAAUCUGAAUGGCGUGUGGUAUUCAGGAGGAGUGUAUCGCAGCAGGUUUCAGGAUGGCAUCUUCUGGGCCGAUUACGGAGGUGGUUUUUACUCCAUGAAGUCUGUGCGUAUGAUGAUCAGGCCCAUUGACUGACGCAUGAGUGGAUCAGAUCGCUCUUACUGAUCUGAGAUCAUCCUUCAACUUCAUCAGGGUCCAGCGGGAAACAUCAUGGAAAUCAGUGAUGCUUUAAUUUGUCCUUGUGCUUCAGGUUUUAACCAGUUUGUAUUAGUAAUGUUUGGGGUUUACUUGUUUUACAAAUUAUGUGACAGAGAGAUGAAAGAAUGUCAUCACUAUUUUGUAAUUAAAUUAAAAUAAAAGAAAAGAGAUUUCUAA